UGCUGCUGUUUUGGCGCAAAGCGGAAGCUGUCAUAACUGUCCCCCUCAUGAAAAUGAAAAGUUCAGUGCUGUUAUGUGGGUUUAGCAAAGGCACCUUAUUAUUUACUGUCUGAAAAAAAAAAAAAAAAAAAAACUCCCGUGGUUGAUUUAUGCGAAAUAUCUGACGUUAACUGAACGUGUCAGCGCUGGUUAGCGGUAGCUGCUUCAGCCAUUAAUGUGUUGAGGCUAGCCGGAGCAGCAGCAGACCUGGUUUAGCCUUCAAUUUAUGUUGUUUUCAAAUGAUCUGAGCAACUUUUGGACUAACCUCAGCUUUAAAUGGACGAACACAAGGAGAACAUUCACGGCCAGGAGGACAAUGUGAAGACGUCCAGCGUGAAGGACCAGGAGAAGGAGAAGCCUAGCAGCAGGCUGUGUCCUGCGGGAGAAUCUGCUCCUCAGGUGUCCCCGUCUCAGUCGAAGGGUGACUUCAGCCAUCCGGUGUACAAAGAGAUUGCUUUGGCCAACGGCCACAUCAACCGCAUGACGAAGGAGGAGCUUCGGAUCAAGUUAGCGGAGUUAAAGCUCGACACACGAGGAGUGAAGGAUGUGAUGAAGAAGAGAUUGAAGAGCCACUAUAAGAAACAGAAGCUGAUGCAGACGGCGGCAGAGGGAGGCCCCACCGACACGUACUACGACUACAUCUGUGUGGUGGACUUUGAAGCCACAUGUGAAGAGGACAAUCCUUCAGACUUCCUCCACGAAAUCAUUGAGUUCCCUAUGGUUCUCAUCAACACGCACACCUUGGAGAUUGUGGACACCUUUCAGGAGUACGUGAAGCCUGAGCUUAACCCACAGCUCUCAGACUUCUGUGUGAAGCUGACGGGAAUAACGCAGAAAAUGGUCGAAGAAGCAGACCCGUUCCCAGUAGUCCUGCAGCGAGUUGUGUCGUGGCUUCAGAAAAGGGAACUCGGGACAAAAUACAAAUACGCCAUCCUGACUGACGGGUCGUGGGAUAUGAGCAAGUUCCUCAACAUCCAGUGUCGGGUCAGCCGAAUCAAAUAUCCUCCGUUUGCAAAGAAGUGGAUAAACAUAAGAAAGUCAUACGGAAACUUCUACAAGGUGCCGCGUACUCAGACGAAGCUGAGCACCAUGCUGGAGAAACUCGGCCUGACGUACGAAGGUCGUCCUCACUCCGGGCUCGACGACUCACGCAACAUAGCGAGGAUAGCUGUCCGCAUGCUGCAGGAUGGCUGCCAGCUGCGCGUCAACGAGCGCAUGCACGGCGGUCAGCUGCUCUCGGUUCCCAGCUCGGCGCCUGUGGAAGGAGCUCCGCCUCCACACAACCCCCGCAGCAGGGACUAGAACCAUGACCACUGAAAAUACUUAUACUGGAGCUCAAAGUCUCCUUUUACACCAGAUCUUUAAAAGUGGAUCAUUCCUUCAUUUUCUGGGUGGAAAAGUCUGCCUCGCCACGCCUUACCGCGCUGCUGUUUCUCAACAGUAUCACAGAAAUAUCUUUCAGUUGUCUUGUGGUGGGGAGAAUUCAGUUUUUACCCUUGACAGCAUAAUAAAGCCUAAUCUGCAGCUUCACAUGAACACACAUCUACAAUUUAAACUACUGUGCUAAUAAAACACAUAAAUGCUGCUGUGCUGUUUAAGGUGCUGCACGAUGACACUGCUCACCGCUUUCCUCGCAGAGAGUCGAAGAGUCGGUCCUGUGGACUCGGACAGCUCCAUAAACGGACCUCUUAAAGAAAGCUGUAAUUAAGGAGUUCAGCCUGUGUUGUACUGUCGUCACGUGUACAGAUGUCUUGAUUUAAUGUUUGUUUCAUAAAUGAGGAUUUGUUUCAACUGAAAUGUCUGCAGAUCUGAUAAGUAAUGCAAAUUAAAUGUCUCUUUUUGUUUGCA